AUGAGGAAGCGCAAGGGCCUGGGUUCCCCAAAGUCCCGUUUCUGCCGAGGGGUCCCCGAUGCGAAGAUCCGCAUCUUUGACCUGGGUCGGAAGAAGGCGAAGGUGGACGAGUUUCCACUCUGUGGCCACAUGGUGUCCGACGAGUACGAGCAGCUCUCUUUUGAGGCCCUGGAGGCCACACGCAUCUGUGCCAACAAGUACAUGGUGAAGAGCUGUGGCAAGGACGGCUUCCACAUCCGAGUGCGGCUGCACCCCUUCCACGUCAUCCGCAUCAACAAGAUGUUGUCCUGCGCGGGCGCUGAUAGGCUCCAGACCGGUAUGCGAGGUGCCUUCGGGAAACCACAAGGUACCGUGGCGAGAGUCCACAUCGGCCAGGUCAUCAUGUCCAUCCGCACCAAGUUGCAGAACAAGGAGCAUGUGAUCGAAGCCCUACGCAGAGCCAAGUUCAAGUUCCCCGGCCGCCAAAAGAUCCACAUCUCCAAGAAGUGGGGAUUCACCAAGUUCAACGCAGAUGAAUUUGAAGACAAGGUGGCGGCAAAGCGGCUCAUCCCCGAUGGCUGUGGAGUCAAGUACAUCCCUGAACGUGGCCCUCUGGACAAGUGGCGAGCCCUGCAUUCCUGAGGACUUUGCUGGCAGAAAAGAAGUAAUGAUGAGGUUAUAGUUUGAAACUGUUAAUUCCGUUCAUAGAAUAUAGAAUGUUACUUUGCAUAUUAUAGCACAUUACGAUAGGAAGUAGUUGCCUUA